AUGUGGCAGCCAGAUCAAUCCUUAGUUCAGCGCGUCACAAACCUCAUCACAGAAACAUUCUCAGGCAUUUCUAAUGUUCGUCAAAGUGAAAUAGCAAACGAAGUCACCCAGCUCUCGCAAUUCCCUGAGUACUCCUGUGCUCUUAUUUGCAUCCUAAAUAAUAAUUCCUUACCAUUGAACACAAGGCUUGCAGCUGGACACUCCUUGAAAUCGACGCUAGAAAAAGGUAUUGAUUUUCCUUUGGAACAUCUAACUUUUCUUCAGCAAGGAAUUCUCAAUGCAAUGGAUGAUAUUCCUAUUGCUAAAGCCAUAAGUAACAUUGCUACGACACUCUAUAUCACACAAGAUGGGUGGCCUCAGCUAUUAGCUGUUUUGACUGAAAAAAUUGAAAAUUCUUGGGCACAGGAUAUGGGGCUGCAAUUAUUUGAAGAUAUUUCUACUUAUAAUUUGCUAUCAGAGCUGCUGAAUAGCCAAGAGUAUUCAGAAAUUUUGAAAGAGCUGAUUAAGAGGUUGAUGAUUCUUAUAGAAAAUUCUCAUUUAAAAGCAGUGAAGUGUAUGAAUCAGCUGGUUCAAAUAAUGCCAAGUGUUGUGAUUCCUAUGCUGCAGGUCUAUUUGGAUUUAUUGAUAAGAAUUCACUCAAAUAAAGCUAUGAGCGGAGUUGUAGCGGAAGGGAUUUUAGCUAUAUGCUCAAAUAGAAAGGAUUUGGUUUGGGUCAGAUUUCCAGAAUGUGCUGACAUCAUGUUGUAUGAGUUAAGUACUUCAAAUGCAAGAACUGCUACAAGCUUUUGGACUGAAAUAGCAACUGCUAAAGAAUUGCUAUCCCCCUAUCUCUUAAGAUUGCUUAGUAAUGUCAUUGAUAAUUUGAAAGUGCAAGAACAAGAUCUUAUGGACAUGCUACCUGAAAAAGAAGACUUUCGAUUUGAAAAAUAUGAAGAAGAAAACAUGAACUGAACUUUAAGAAGAGAAAGCGCGCUUUUGAUUGACAAGUUAGCAGAAAGUUUUGGGGCUGCAACUUUUGGACUGAUACAAGAAAAAAUUCAAAGUUUAUUAUUAAGUAAUAAUUGGAUUGAGACUGAAAGUGGACUAUUGGCACUGGGUGCUAUAGCUUCAGGAGCGAUUUCUGCAAUUCUGCCCUCAUUGCCAACAUUUCUGCCAUUUUUACAGAAGCAAACUUCUCAUGAACAGCCAAUGGUGAGAUCAAUGGCGCUGUGGGCAAUUUCAAGGUUCACAGAAAAUAUUGUAGGGACAGAGUAUUUUAAGCCUUAUUUGGAAAGCAUUAUGAGAGGAGUUAUGGAUAAGGAUGGCUUAGUUCAAAGAUCUGCCUGCACUUCAUUUUGUAUCUUAAUCUGCCACGACACUCACGAUCUUGGCAACUAUUUAGAAGAGAUCCUACAUAUUUUUGCUAAAGGCUUCGAAUAUUACUCAGGCCGCGCUCUAUUAAAUUUGCUUGAUGCAAUUGCAUCAAUCUGUGAUGUCUUUGGAGAGCAGCUUCGAAGUGAAAAUUUUAUGAGCAUUAUAAUAGGACCACUAUUUGCCCUAUGAAAUAAAACUCCAGAUAACCACAAAUUAAUCUGGACACUAUGUGAAACUUUAGUAUCUCUUGCUCUUGCGCUUGGGGCUUGCUUCAGUCAGUAUGGGCCUGCUAUAUUAGAAAGAUGCGAAAGGCUUAUCCAAAUUGGGCUAACAGGCCAUGAAAAACAAUUUGCUAUGAAAGGAUUAGAGCUAUCUGGAGCAAUAAUUGAAAUUUCUGAGACUCUUCCAAAUUUAUCAUCAUUAGCACAGCUUGCGGUGAUUUGUUUAAAUAAUGAUGAUAUACAGCUUAAGCAAUAUGCUGGAGCUAAUAUAGGAGAUCUAGUUAUAUUAGCGAAUUCUUAUAUUUUGUCAUUACUUCCUCAAACUAUAACACAAUUGACAAAUACCUUGCAAAUUGUCCAAGGCCCUGAUGACGAUGAAGCUAAUAGUUUUACUUUUGCAACAAAUAAUUCUGCAUCGGCCUUGGGAGAAAUUUCAAUAUAUAAUCCAGCAGUUAUAUCACCAGAAAUCCCAAAAAUUCUGGAUAAAUUAAUUCCAAUAGCAAAGAAAAGAAUAAAACUACCACAAGUCAGAGAAAAUUUGAUGGCUGCGAUAGGGAAAUUUGGAUUGGCAAACCCAGAAGCCCUAGCAGAGAAAUUAAGUGAAAUUUUUUAUUUCUGGUGUGAGGUAAUGCAAGAGAUGGGGAGCUCGAAAGAUAAAGAAAUGAGCUUUAAAGGUAUGACACAAACGCUAAUACUUUAUCCUUCAAUUUUAAACCAAAAUUUCCAAUUUUAUGCUGUUGCUUCUGUAAGCUAUAGAGGCAUGCCUGCGGACUUAGAAGAAGUAGUUAGAAACGUCUUCAUUAAGAUAAAAGAGAUUGCUGGGAAUGGAUGGGAAGCUUAUAUUUCACAGAUUCCAGUUAGAAAAGAAAUUUAUGAAAGAUUUGGAGUAUAA